AUGAAGGCACAGCAGCAGCAAUCGAAGCUGAAAACCGCCCCACGCCCGUUAUUUUCCUGCGGGUUGUUUCGUCAUUGUGCUCGAACCGUUCUCAGUCCAACCACUCCAUCUUCUCCAUCUCGUCCCCUUACCCAUUUCACUCCGCCGCCGCCGCCGCAGCCUCACUCAUCAAACCACCUUCCUCCGCCGCCUCCACCGCCGCCGCAAUCGGAAUCCGAAUCAUCAUCUUCUUCAAACACUUCACAGAGCUUCACACAAUGGAGAUUUCCUCUCACUAAUUCACCCGUCUUCUUCAAUUCCACAACCACCGUCUCCACCACCACCAAUUCCGACCCGAUUAACAAACCCGUUAAUUAUAACCCAAUUCCUUUGCCGGAACCGAUCCCACUUACGGAUCUUAAAGAACUCUUUUAUGUUGUCGAAAUCCAGCUCAGUUCCGGUUCAGAAUCAGACCGGUUCAAGGCUAUUCAUAUGCUCGAGCGAUCUCUUGUUCCAAAUCCUCCGGCGGUCGCCGAUGAUGACGCUCACUCUGCCUGCCCAGUUGCAGUUAUGGUGGCGGUGCUCGACUCCCUUAAAGACACACACACGCCGGCUGCCAAAUCAGCCACCAAGGUACUUUUAGCACUAUGUUUGGCGGAGGGGAAUCGGAGUGUGGCAGUAGAGAGUGGAGCGGCAGCAAGUAUAAUAGAAUCGCUAUCGGCGAUGGAGAUUCCGGCGGCGGAGAGAGCUUUAGCGGCGUUAGAACUUCUCUGUACGGUAGCAGAAGGAGCUGCAGAAGUUAGAGCCCACGCUUUAGCAGUGCCUAUAAUGGUAGAUGUAAUGGGAAAAAUAACAACAGCCAGAGGUAAAGAAUACGCGAUUAGAGCCCUGAUCGAGUAG